AGCCAACUCAGCUCGACACACACUCGGCGGUUUACACCUCCUCUCGGCACGACGGCGGUGACACACGUUUCAUGCUCGCGCGCGUACACGCGCGUACACAGGCACACGACGCGUACAGACGACGCGUUCCCGCGGCGACGCACGCACGCGGUCCGACGACGACGACGAGGACGAAGAAGACGCGCCCGAUCGUCGAAUCGCACCGAGGGAGGAACGCGCGUCUCGGCGUCCCCGCGAGACGGAUCCCAGUGGUGUGAACCCCUCUGUUCGGGUGGUGGUGCAGGAGGCAGCGUGGCGAGACGUCGAUCGGCAUCGACCGCGCCAAAUUUCAAUCCGCGACUCCCUCCCUCACGCCGCGUGCUGCGCGCGCUCGAUCUUGCCGUGUAGAUCCCCACGUGUGCGUGCGUUGAGAGAAAAAGGGUACGCGAGAGGAACCGGAAGCGAGAUGUCCCGCGAGAUGCAGCAGACGACCUAACCGCGCGAUUGUGCCUGUGUGCGUACGCGCGCGUGUGUGUGUAUGUGUGUGUGUGUGUGUGUGUGUGACCUACGACAACCUGCCGCCCGGUUUCGGCGCGCCGCCCGAGUGUGACGUCCGCACACCGACCCGGUCGAAUCCCUCGCUCCACUUUUUCCACGGAGGUCACGGAGUUGCCGCGCGCCAAUUCGGAAGGUCGGCGAAGUAGGAGGUGGUGCACGAGGAGAAGAAGGAGGAGAGAUAGAGAAGCAGGAGGAACGUGAAGCUGCCGGAGGCGGUGUGGUGGUAGCGCGAGAAAUCGAAGCACACUCGGACAAUUCUAGAAUUAUCGGCUGCGGACAUUGCCUCGACACGCGAUCGUCGUACCGCGGCGUUUUAACGAGGCCGAUCAUUAAAUUCGGAGAGGGUUUCGCGCGACGCGCAGCUCACCGCUCCAUGCACGAAGAUGUGUGAAGAUCGAUUGUUCUCCAUCGACCAGCAGAAUCAUCCAAUGAUCGCGCUUGUUUACGUCGCAACCAGAUUCGGAAGUUCACUCUGAGAUUGCCGAUAGAGAUCCGAUCGAUCGAACGCGGCAGGAAAACGCUCGCGUCGGUUCGCUCGCGCCGCGCUGAGGAGAGAAAGUACGCGAACUCUCGAACCGGAAGUGCCAUCGAGCGAGAAUAUUCAGCGCCGCGCGGUUCUGUCUGUAUUUCUUUCACCUCGUCCCUCGUCUAUCGUAUAUGCAUAUCUCAUUCUCUCUUUCUUUCUUUCUCUUUACCUUUCGCCAUCAUCCGCGUGAGCUUUAUAUCGUUGAGAACUCUACGCUAUUGUGCAUUUAGACCAUCGUAAGUUAAUCGCCGCGUUGCGCAGACUAAUAUUCCUCCGCAUUACUACUUGAACCAGCGACGGAUGGUUACGUUCAGACGUGGAACGACCCACCGUCACUCUGAUCUCGUAACGAAACACUGCCAAUUAAACACGAACCGACCCGAACACGCCAAUCGAAAGCUCUCGCCUUGCCGUGAUUCCUUCUCGCUCACGGACAAGCUCGACGACCACGGCCAAAGUCACACGGGUCCUUUCCGGGUUGGGCAUGCGCGCCAGCCACGCGUCCCCGAAACAGCGCGCGAAUACAACGAAAGAAGAGACCGGAAGAGACCUCAAAGCGACGAAACCGAGCGCUCUCGCACGCGACACCGAGCACUGCCGCUGCCGAAUUUAACGAGACACUGCCACUUCCGGAAGAAAGAACAAACAGAACUUACCUAAAUCAAAGCACGGCCGAUUCACAUUUACAAGAGAGAGAGAGAGAUAGACUACUAUUUCGCAAUCAAAAUUUGCGAUCGCUACUGUUGCGAAACUAAAUUACGAUGAGCGACUAUUUUGAUUACUUCUCUGAUGUUUGAAAAAACAAUUUUGAAAACUGCGAACGAAACAAAUAUCCGGAGUUCAGUAACCGUAUCGGAGUAACGACGCGACUUCCUGUUAAACGAGUAGUGAACAAAAUGGAACGAUAGAAAUAGUGACUGUGUUAUCUAAUCACUUGCGACUGCCAUUUUGGUCCACGCACAGCACGCACGUGAGCGAGAGAAGUACAGUGGACAAAUACAGUGAGCUCAGCUGCAAGAACGUUCGUGGGAAAAAAAAAAGAUCGAAUAGAUAAGAUUAUUGAUCUUCGAUGAUUCGUCGGUAUUGAAAAUUUUAUUGCUCUUACGACACCAUCGGAAAAAUCUAUAAUCUUGUUACAUCCAAUGUGUGCGAUUCGUAAAUAACACUCGAAACCUUACGACAAGUUACAAGAGAUUCGUGAUUGAGGAAUCAAAGAUCGGCAGGUGUCAUCGAGGGAGUGAUGAUGAUCGUGGAAUCAUCCGAGUGAUCGCGCAGUGUCAGUGAUUUCCGCGUAAACGUGUUAUACGCGAUGGCCAGAGAUAACACUGAUGCAAUGAAUUAAGCGUUCUCUGCGUAAACGGACUCGAUAUCGAUUUAACGGGGUGAUCACACAAGUGCGUGGCCGGCGAAUCGGUUUUGCAUUUCACGCAUUUCGAUCGGAAAUACACUCGCAUGAGAUAUUUGCAAGUUAUGGCAACGCUAUCUCAGUCACGCUAUCGUGAACUUGUACAAUUGCUAAUUGUGAGAUGAUCGAGAUCGAAAGCGGCAAAAAAUAACGGGUAUAGAAAAAAGUUAGAAGAGUCAUCGAGAGUAAAACUGGAUAGCCGUCGCGGAAUUUCAUCGACGGAUAAUCGAUACGGCGAACGAUCGUCGAGGCUUUCCACGGAACCACGAUCAGUGAUGACUCUUGCAAGAAGUUAGAAGCGCCGCGCGGUGAAACGAAGAAAAGUGCGAUUGAACGGAUGGACGACGGAACCGUUAUUGGCUCGUAACACAAAAGAAUCGAAAUCAGAGAGCUAUUACUAAUAUUUGAAACAAGAGAUAAUCUAUUUAACGAAACACGUGCCCGUCAGUGCUCGUUCUACUGCCUUUAUUUAGUUCUACUGUUCUACUCCGUCUAGACGAGAUCGUCCAAAGUACAACUGAAAAAAAGAUUUAUAGAUUAUUUAUAGAUCUCACAACAGAGCCUACACACGUCCAACGCAAUUAUCUAAUAUCUAUAUUGCUUCACGUACGCUUUAAACGUAACACUUGGUGAUAGUUGUUUAUAAGUUAACAAGGUAACAGACUUGUCCAGUGAUUGAGAAAGAGUAGUCGCGUUUCUAAUAAUCCGUAAAACCGACGACAACGGCGCGGCGGUGAGGGUUGCGCAUGGUGCCGGAAGUAUCGGACAAAUGAGGAACAAGUGCGCGUACAAGUGCUUGAGAAAACGGACCAGGCGGCGGAGACGCGUUUCCGAUUAGAGCGUCUGAUCGGAACCGGUACAAAUCUGUGCAUGUGGUGUGCGCGCGUGGUGCCAGAAACGGUGACCACGAGGCGGUGGACCGCCGUGAUCACGUGAUUAUUCCGACGAACCCCCUCGUCGGAACGAAAUCUCGAGAAAGAAGAAAGAACGCGCUCGCAACUACGAUUUUUUACACCUCGGAUGUCUUAAGCGGAAAAAGAUGAAUUAUGACCCUUCCGAGCAGCCCGUGUGAGAUAGACAACAUGAGCUUGUUUCAAGACCUCAAGUUGAAAAGGAGAAAGGUCGACUCCCGAUGUAGUAGCGACGACUCCCCGGUAUCCCUCGGAUCAGCAGGCUCGCCGCAGGGGAACCAGCCGGCGGACGCACCUUCACCCAUAAACUUUCCUGCUCCAGGGGAGAGCAUGGCCGACACCUCGACCCUGUCGCCGGAGGCCAACAUGCCGAGCUCGCCGGGCUGCCCCAUGAUCAGAGUGACGAGCGAGUACCUGCUGGGCAGCCCGAGUCCAGGGACACCGCGAGGAGGUGACCCUCUCCGUGUUGCUGGCAGCAGUGGAGGCGGCAACGGCGGUGACGGCGGUAGCGGAAGAGGAAGCGGCCAGGAGGGUCGGGAAACGGCGUGCUCAGAUCGCGCGUCACCCGACUCGGUCUUCCCAGAUGCCGGUUCGAUGAUGAACUUCAGGGUCACCGACGAACAGCAGCAGCAGCAGCAGCAGCAGCAGCAGCAGCAGCAGCAACAGCAGCAACAGCAGCAGCAGCAACAGCAGCAUCAUCAACAAACACAACAGCCACAACGCUCUGCUACACCCGCGCCGAUCAUCAAAUCGUCGCCCUAUUCGCCGGUCCAAGCAGUCUCGUCAACUCCGAUCAGCCAGGAGGUUACCUCGAGGAGCGAUAGCCCGGAUAAGUGCGAUCUGUCGUCCGUCCAGACCAAGCAGGAGUCCGACAAUUCUGUCUUCGACGGAGGCGGUGGUGGCGGCGGUGGCGGCGACGGCGGCGGCGGUCGUUCGGAAGCCACCAGCCAACCUAGUCACCGGAGCAGUCCGUCGUCGCAGUUCGUCAACCCGAGCCAGAGCGUCAGUCCCGGCACGAUUGGAGCUGUCGGGCCGCACGGGCCCGCGCAACAGCAGCAAUCCCCACCGACGCCGCCGAGACAUCGCGCACCCUCGGUACCGCCGCACAUGCUGACCCACCAUCCUCAGUUUUGGUCGCCGAACACCACCGGCGUGCAAGGAUUCGCCACGCAGAGGCUACUCAACGGCGUCAUCAGCAGCGCCGUCAGCUACGGCGGACAGAACGUUACCACUAUCUCCACCAGCUCUGGCAGUGGUACAAGCAGCUCUAGCAGUACCAACUCCAGUGUCAGCUGCGUUACUACCGGCGCAACUACCACGGCGACUUCAUGCGAUAUGAAGCCACCGGCGCAGAGAGCAGCGCCGGCACCACCACGGCCCCCGCCCACGGUGCUGAUGGGCGAGAUCGGUGGCGUCCGUACAAUGAUAUGGUCGGCGCCGCCGUUGGACCCGGUACCGCCGCCGGCGGCGUCGUGGACGACCACGGCGUCGGCGGCCGCCUCGUGUUCCUCAUCCGAGGAGUCGGCCGCCCAGCUGCUGCUGAACCUCGGUCAGGAAUCCCGAGGUAAACCACCCUCCUCUUCGUGCGCGGUGUCGUACUCGUCCACCGCCGGGCCACCGCUCAACAUGGAGAGGCUAUGGGCCGGCGAUACGACGCAAUUGCCAGCCGCGCAACAGAUGCAAGCGCUGAAUCUUACGGCUUCCGGUUCCGCCGGACAGCCGUGGGUGAGCAACGGUGGCACAAUCGUCAAGACCGAGGCGGCUUCGCAAUCCAUAUCGGUUGCACCACCGGCACCCCCCUUGCCGCCCCAGGAACACGAGGAAGAUGAAACGCCUAUGAUAUGCAUGAUUUGCGAAGAUAAGGCAACCGGUUUGCAUUACGGCAUCAUCACGUGCGAAGGGUGCAAAGGCUUUUUCAAGAGGACUGUACAAAAUAGGAGAGUGUAUACGUGCGUGGCAGAAGGUGGUUGCGAAAUCACAAAAGCACAGAGGAAUAGGUGUCAGUACUGCCGAUUUAAGAAAUGUAUCGAACAGGGUAUGGUCUUGCAGGCAGUUCGGGAAGACCGGAUGCCUGGAGGAAGAAAUUCUGGUGCAGUGUACAAUCUUUACAAGGUAAAGUACAAGAAACACAAAAAGAGCAACAAAGCUGGGGUCGGCGGCGGCAUGGGUGGCAGCGGUAACGUCGGUGGUGUAAAUGGCUCAGGAUCUUUGGUGGGUACCAAGGGUACCAUGGGUACGACGAUGUUAGAUAAACAUAUGGCCGCAGCCGCCGCCGCCCACCAUAGCCAACAACAGCAGCAACACGCUCAGUUGGCGGGUAGCUUUCUUCACCAUCAGAAAAUUUCAUCAGGCGAUCCUCUCAACUCGCCGCCUACCCCUAGCCAUCCGAGCCAUCCAGCUCACUCGGGCCACCUCGUCAAUGGGACGAUCCUAAAGACGGCGCUCACCAAUCCCUCCGAAGUGGUGCAUUUACGGCAAAGGCUAGACAAUGCAGUGAGUAGUUCGAGGGAUCGAGUUUUUCCUCUGGAUGCAACGCUGACUAUGAUUCAAACCCUCAUAGACUGCGAUGAGUUCCAAGAUAUCGCCACAUUGAGGAACUUGGAUGAGCUGCUGGACCAUAAUUCAGACUUAAGUGAAAAGCUGUGUCAGAUAGGAGACAGCAUAGUGUACAAGUUGGUGCAGUGGACCAAAAGGUUACCGUUUUACCUUGAGCUGCCGGUCGAAGUUCACACGAGGCUGCUCACUCACAAGUGGCAUGAACUUCUUGUGCUGACCACCUCUGCUUACCAAGCGAUGCACGGUCAGCAUAGGCUAAAUGUCGGUACCGAUGGGACGAGUGCAGAUUUUAUGCAAGAAGUAACGAACAACAUGUAUACGUUGCAAACGUGCCUAACCAGCAUGAUGGGUCGGCCGAUAACCAUGGACCAAUUGCGGCAAGACGUAGGGCUCAUGGUGGAAAAAAUCACGUAUGUCACAUUAAUGUUCAGGCGGGUGAGGCUACGGAUGGAAGAGUACGUCUGCCUAAAAGUAAUCACUAUGCUCUCACAAGACGUGAAAACACGAGGAGGUACACUGGAAUUAGAACAGAUACAAGAACGAUAUAUGAGCUGUCUGCGAAGUUUCGUCGAGCACAGCGCGCCUCAGCAACCGAGCCGAUUUCAUGAUCUUCUCGUCAGAUUGCCCGAAGUACAAUCGGCGGCGGCUUUACUACUCGAGAGUAAAAUGUUCUACGUUCCUUUCCUAUUAAAUUCAGCAAUUCAAAGAUAGUAAAUAAACAAAGUGACGAUAAACGAAGCUGAAUACCUAUACACAUACUAUGCAUAUAUUAUAAAUAUAUACACACAGAAAAGUAAAAGAACCGAACAAACAGACAACAAACGACAAGCGAACGGACAAAU